AUGUCAACGCGGGUACUGCUACUGCUGCAAAUUCUGCUGGUCUGCUUCUCUUCGCUGAUGAAUGGGGAGAUCAACUGCAAGGCAGACAGAAAAAAGGCAGCUGAUUUAUCCAUCAGGUGUUGUCGAUUAACUCGUCCCAGCCUGGACAAAGGUAAUGCAGAAUGCAAAAACUCUCUGAACUUACCCUCCGGCAGAAGGUUUAACUUUGCCGAACUCUACACGAUCAAUAUGUGCAUUGAGGAGUGCAACUAUAUAGCGUCUGGCUACACCGAUGCUGAUCCUCCCUAUCGGAUGGAUCUGGCCAACAUCCGCCACAACCUGAAGGAAAUAAUGCCACAACCGCAGCUGGAGUCCGUGCCCUUCAUGAUGGCUGCGUACAACAAGUGCGAGAUAUUUCGCACGCUCCAUGCGGGACGCUUCACACUCCACCUGCCGGAUAUUGAAUUCAUCGAGGAGCCGUGCAACCCGUUCGCCCUGCAGCUCACCAUCUGUGUGCGAAUGCUGGCCAUGCAAAAAUGCCCCACUCGCUUCUACCUGGACACCGAGGAGUGUCGCCUGGCCAGGAACUAUUUCACGCAGUGCGUCGGCGAUAUUGAAACGAAUCUUGGCUGAAGUUCGAAUGGAACUCAACUGCAAAACUGAAACUGAAAAUGUGUGUGAAAGUUCAUAAAG